AUGCGCCCAACGAGCAGCACCCAGCGCCAGAUGCCUACGGCUUCCUCGUUGUCGGCACAGGCGCGCGCAUCCCCCUCCUCCGUCUCGACCAGCCCCGCGCCAGACUCCCCGGAGCCGCUCGCCACCGUGUCCACCGCCUUCCCGCCCACCACAGACCGAGAUCCCCCGCCCGACACCGUCCUCGUCUCGUCCGACGAUGUCCAAUUCUACGUCGCCGCCAGCACCCUCCUCCCCGCCCUCACCAACCUCCUCCCCGCCUCGGGCGCUCCGAUCGCCGGCCUCCCCUCCACACGCGCGCCCGACGCAGCCGAGACGCUCAACAUCAUCCUUCACGUCGCGCAGGGCCGGUCGCCCGCUGCCUUCUCGCCCUCCGCGUCCGUGCUCGCGGGUGCGGCAGACCGGCUGCCCGCCUACGGGCUCGACGCGCGCGCAGCGCUCGCCCCAGGCCAGCCGCUCUACACAUUGCUCGCCGCGCAGGCACCCCUCGCGCCCAUGAUCGUAUACGUCGCCGCCGCACGCGCGGACGCGUACGCGCUCGCCGCCACCGCGUCAUCCUACCUCCUCUCCUACCCGCUCUACACCGUCACGGACGACCUGGCGGAGGAGAUGGGCGCCGUCUACCUCGGGCGGCUGUUCAUGCUGCACCGGCGGCGCCUGGAUGCGCUCAAAGGGUACCUCGGCCAGCCGCCGGAGCAGCACCCCGAGACGCCGACGUGUGGGUUCGCGGAGCAGGCGGCGCUGACGAAGAACUGGUUGUAUACCACAGCGUGCAUUAUGAUCGAGGCGCAACCCGACACGCCGGCAAGCGCAAUCGAGACGACAUUGUACUCACUCAUGCCCCAAUUAAAAUGCAAUCUGUGCAAAGCAGCGCUCAAAGCUCGUAUCGAGCGGCUGGCCGUCGAGUGGUCUUUGCUAGGGAGGACAAUCUGA